AGUAAAACUACCCAUCACUUUUUCGUCUCUUAUAAUUUGUAGAAAACAUGGAUACUUAGGAAGCAUCAACUAUGCGCCAUUCUGUGUAUUGGUGGAUACUUCUGCUUUGUCUUCGUCCAGUUGUAUCAGGUCUAGACAAAUCGUCAGUGCGCUUGGUAAACGGUUCAAACGACAAUGAAGGAAGAGUUGAAAUAUUGCAUGACGGACAAUGGGGUUCAAUCUGUGAUGACGGAUUUAAUAAUACUGAGGCUCAGGUUAUCUGUCGCAGCUUAGGAUUCCAGAGUGUCAAUGCAAAAUUCUAUCGUCUAGCGCACUUCGGACAAAGCACAGGACCGAUCUGGCUUGAUAAUGUUAAUUGUACGGGCAGCGAACAAAACGUGGAUCAGUGUUCUUUCCCUGGCUGGGGAAUAGAUGACUGUGCACACAGAGAAGACGUAGGAGUCAAAUGUCAGUUAUCUGUACGGUUAGUGAACGGAUCAGGAAUACGAACGCAAGGCAGAGUUGAGAUUAAAAUCAACGGAACAUGGGGAACUGUCUGCGAUGAAGGAUUUGAUAGCAAGGAUGCUUCAGUCAUCUGCGCCAUGAUGGGAUUCAAUCGAUUGGGACCUCAGGUUAUGACGAAAGCUGCUUUUGGACAAGGUUCUGGACCAGUCUUUUUUCAAAGUCUGUCUUGUAUGUCAUCUGAAACAUCCAUCUUGGACUGUCGGGUCAAUCCUAGCGGUAACAAGAACUGUAGCCACAAUGAAGACUCGGGUGUUAUCUGCCAAACAGGUCAUAUAGACAAAUCCGCAAUACGUUUGGUGAAUGGUCCAAGCGAGCAUGAAGGAAGAGUUGAAAUAUUCCAUAAUGGCCAAUGGGGUUCAAUCUGUGAUGAUGAAUUUCACGACAGGGAGGCUUGGGUUGUCUGUCGCAGUUUGGGACUACCAAGUUAUGGCGCAAAGGUAUUUAGACGUGCUCGCUUUGGACAAAGCACAGGGCCGAUAUGGCUGUAUAACGUCAAGUGCAGUGGAGAUGAACAUCGUCUAGAUCAGUGUUCCUCCUUACCCUGGGGUAAACAUUACUGUUUACAUAGCGAGGAUGUUAGCGUCCAGUGUCCGUUACCUUAUACCAGUAUACGAUUAGUGGACGGAUCAGGAAUACGAACACAGGGCAGAGUUGAGAUUCAGAUCAAUGGAACAUGGGGAACUGUCUGUGAUGAUCAGUUUGAUUACAGAGAUGCUGGAGUUAUCUGCGCCAUGAUGGGCUUUAUACCUUAUACCAGUAUACGAUUAGUGGACGGAUCAGGAAUACGAACACAGGGCAGAGUUGAGAUUCAGAUCAAUGGAACAUGGGGAACUGUCUGUGAUGAUCAGUUUGAUUACAGAGAUGCUGGAGUUAUCUGCGCCAUGAUGGGCUUUAGUCGAUAUGGAGCUCGUGCUGUGCAUGGUGCUAGUUUCGGGAACGGUUCUGGACCAAUCUUCUUUGAUGACUUAGCUUGCAGAGGGAAUGAGUCGUCCAUCACAGACUGCCCAGGGAACCCUAUUGGGGACCACAAUUGUCACCACAAUCAAGAUGCAGGUGUCAUAUGUCAGACGAUACCUGUACGAUUAGUGAACGGAUUAGGAAUACCCACACAAGGCAGAGUUGAGAUUAAACUUAAUGGAACAUGGGGAACUGUCUGCGAUGACUCAUUUGGUAACAAUGAUGCUAGAGUUAUCUGCGCCAUGAUGGGAUUCAGUCGAUAUGGAGCUCGAGCGAUAACGGGCGCAGGCUUCGGAAAAGGUUCUGGACCAAUCUUCUUCGAUGAAUUAGCUUGCAGAGGGAAGGAGUUACUCAUCACAGACUGCCCAGGGAACCCUGUUGGGGACCACGACUGUCAACACAGUGAAGAUGCGGGUGUCAUAUGUCAGACGACAGGUGUACGCUUGGUGAAUGGUGCUACCAGAUAUGAAGGAACAGUUGCAAUAUUACAUGAUGGUAGAUGGGGUUCAGUUUGUGAUGACGGUUUUCAUCAGAACGAGGCGGAGGUUGUCUGUCGCAGUUUGUCAUUGCCAAGUCAUAAUGCACAAGAAUAUCGAAGUGGUUACUUUGGACGAAGCGUGGGACGGACAGUACUAAACGUGUUGCACUGUAAGGGAUAUGAAAAGAACCUGGAUCAAUGUCAUUUCAGUUCCUGGUCCAACUCUAACUGUCACAAUGGGAAGGAUGUCGGAGUCAGCUGUCAGUUUGGCCCAGACUCCGUUACAUUCAGUCCACCCACACCUGGAUUAGUUGUAGAAGGAGAGAGUCUGAAUAUCACCUGUGUUGCUGAAUGCCACCCACUUUGCUCCUAUUCCUGGGAACCGGGGAGUCCACACUUCACUUCCAGACCUGUGUUAACACUGUCAAACAUCAACAUGAGUCAGACGGGUAGUACAUAUACAUGUACAGCAAAGAAUAUUGGCUCAGAUGCAUAUAGAAGUAACCAAUUCUUGUUAAUAGUCCACAGUACGCCGAGUAUUCCCUCUAACAUCAGCACACGCAGCAUCAGUCCAACUGUUGCGUCUUUAACUUGGUUAGAGGAAUUCAAUGGUGGAUCAGCACAGAUGUUUCUAGUACAAUACCGAGGAGAUGCAACAUCGCAGUGGACGAAUUUUACUGAAAUAGUUUCUGGACGAGGCAUGGGCAUAAAGCACACUAUCCUGAUACCAGAUCUACAUCCAAAGACAAGGUAUCUGGUACGAGUUCUGGCUUUUAACAAAUAUGGAUACAAAGACUUCACAGAGGAUCAGGAGAUUUUUACAGCAGAACCAUCUGAUAAAUUCAACAUGUCGACAGCGACUGUGCCUAAUAAAAUGGAUAGUCUGCCAGUGGCUGUAGGCAAUGUAUCCAGAUUAAUCAUCUUGAUUCUGUUUCUUGUUGUGGCUAUUUUAGUCUGUCGAAGAAGCAACAGUAAAGAUAAAGACACUGACGAUCAUACAUAUGAUUCAAGCCAGCCAAACACUAGAUCGCAGACAGCGAUGCAACAUGACAACCCAACGUAUGAACAUGAUAACAGCACGGCUGUGGAAACUGCGCGUGACGAGGAAGCACCUUACGAUACAGUGGCAGCUAGCGUAAACCUAAAACCAGAAGGGAGAACACGUUCACCAAUCGGGGACAGCGAGGAAGCACCAUAUGAUACUCUCACCGUUUACGAAAAUUUAAAAUAAGUUUACACAGACUAAGACAUAUUCAUGACACGUGUGCUGUACAUUGCCUCAGAAGACAAACGGAAGGGAUGAAUAUGACUAUAAUGAUGACGUUUAUCAGACAAAUUUAACAUGACUUUUUAUGUACUUUUACUGUUAUUAGCAGUUACUGUUGUGCAAGCUUUCGUUUGCGAAAAUCUCCAUAUUAGUAAAUUGUUUUGUUCUGAA